AUGGAGAUGUCACAGCUUUUGUCCCCGGUGUUGCUAUUUAUAACUUUGUUUUUUCAUAAAACAUUGUGUACUGGCUUAACCACAUAUUAUAUGGAAACUAAUUGUGGAAAAGCGCUAGAUUUAGAAUAUUUCAAUGAAAUCCAAGUCAAGGCUCAACCGUCCUCCAAAUCUUCAGGAAAUUUAAACAGUAUUUGUACAGUGACAAUAUCGACUGCUAGGUCAGCCGAGGAGGGCCAAUAUAGUAAAAUUUGUGUCCAUUUUGACUCGUUAAAGGUCUCAGAUAAAUGUGAUUCGUCGCUAUUUUUAACUGGCGUGGACAGUUCGGACCCUAACAAUGCUAUGUAUUUUCUGUGUAAAGACGACCCUCCCUCAAAGGAAGUGUGUUCGGUAGCAAAUACGCUAGACAUCACAGUGAGUCGCGGGUCUCAAAGAGCCUCAGAUGUCCAGUUCUCUUUAAAAGCUACGAAUAAAUACCCUGAAAUAAAAUCCCAUUGGCAGGAGGAGAGGUUUAAAGAUUUAGAAGAAAGACAAGAAUCCUCUACUAUUAUAUCUAUAGUCUGUGGUGCUGUCGUCGGCGCCAUGUUUCUCAUUGUCAUGGUUACCGUGUGUAUCAUGUAUCAACGUAAUCAAGCAAGGGCACGUAACUCCAGUACUAGUAAUCAAAACGGAGACAAUCCUCUGAACCCGUCUGCUCCUCCUAAUCAAGGAGUAGGAUACACAGCAGUGCCAAGACACGAUACAGCCACACCGUUACCUGGCAACCAUCCAGUACCAGAAUACCAUCCAAUGCAUGUGCUUCCAUCACACAACCCUUCAGAGGCGUCAGCGCCUAGCAUGAGAAUUCCUGGAGGGUUUCAACAAUAUACCAUAAACGAUGCCAACUUGCAGAGAAACUACGCCAUGUCGAAUCAUGGAAGCAUAGGACCCCAGGGCUCGGCACCGGGCAACAAAUGGAAUUUUGGAAGAGAUCAAGGCCCAGGUGGAGGCCCUGGUGGCUUAUAUAUCUGA